AUGUGGGUGGCACAAAUGACAUGUGGUCAACGAACAAAUUAUCUUUGGACUUUGGUUAAAAAAAAUCGAUUAACUGCAUCAAAUUUUGGUGUGGUACUGUCUGCAAUAAGAAGACAGAGAUUCCCACCAUCAUUAUAUAAGCAAAUCUUUUCCUCAUACAAUCUCUCGACAAAGGAUGCCAUAUUAUGGGGGAUCAGUAAUGAGUCAACUGCUAGGACAAAAUACUGUUCAUUUGGAGAUGCUAUUGUAGAAGAAACUGGUGUAUGGCUGCAUGAGAGUGGCAUAUUGGGAGCCAGCCCUGAUGGAAUUAUUCGACGCGCAGCGACACACAAUUACAACUACCAGGAUGUAGAAUUAACAGACCUACUCGAGUGCAUGGCUGUUAAACCAGAAGUUUUGGAGGUGAAGUGCCCAUUUAGUGCAAGGAAUAUGUCAAUUCCCGAGGACAUAGAAUCUGUUAAAGACUUUUGCUUGGGUGUGGACUACGAAAGACAUAGCUAUUGUGAGAAUUCUUCAGGACAGCACCUGGACCCCAAAUAUGUCAAAACUCAUCGAUUUUUACUUUUGUAA